CUCUCAGUGACACGGCUGGCGCGGGCGGGCCCGUCCCCCCUGCCCCUGGGUCGCUCUUUUUAAGCUCCCCUGAGCCGGGGCUGCGCUCCUCUAAUUGGGACUCCGAGCCCGGGCUAUUUCUGGACCUGGCGCGGCUCCAAGAAGGCAUCCGCAUUUGCUACCAGCGGCGGCGGCGGAGCCAGGCCGGUCCUCAGCGCCCAGCACCGUCGGUCCCGGCAGCCCGGAGCGCGCACUGCAGGCCGGCGGCCGAGCUCGCGACACUUGCAGAGUCACCCUGCGGUCGGGUCUGGAGCAGGGUGCGACAGGGACCUAACCAGACUCCAGAUUGAUGGGCUUUCAGAAAUGGAACCACUUGGGCCCACCUUUUGCCAAGGACAGCCAGGGAUUGGUUACCAAGGAUGUGUGGAGCUUUGGGUCUCCCAGCAUCCUAGCCAUUGCUCCUCCACCUGCUCCACAGAGAAGGGAAGAUGAGCGAGUCAAGCUCAAAGUCCAGCCAGCCCUUGGCCUCCAAGCAGGAAAAGGACGGCACAGAGAAGCGAGGGCGGGGCAGGCCGCGCAAGCAGCCUCCGGUGAGUCCCGGGACAGCGCUGGUAGGGAGUCAGAAGGAGCCCAGUGAAGUGCCAACACUGAAGAGACCUCGGGGCCGACCAAAGGGGAGCAAAAACAAGGGCGCUGCCAAGACUCGGAAAACCACCACAACUCCAGAGAGGAAACCGAGGGGCAGACCCAAAAAACUGGAGAAGGAGGAAGAAGAGGGCAUCUCGCAGGAGUCCUCAGAGGAGGAGCAGUGACCACUCGUGCCGCCUGCACCCUCAUCAAGGAGCAGUUUCCUUCUGGGACUGGACAGCUCCGCUCCCACUGCCCCCGCCCCUUCCCCCAGGCCCACUCGUCACCACCACCCACCUGUGCCCUCACCUCCACACUACACAGCACACCAACUGCUGCAGGGCCCUCGGGGCCAGUGGGGAGCAGUUUCUCUUUGGUCCAUUUCCAGCGAUGCCUCCUCCAUGUGCACACACUUGCCC